GAUCGAAUUUCUGAUUUGCCUGAUCACAUUGUCCAUCAUAUUUUUGCGCUACUACAUUGUCCAAAAGAUGUGGCACGGACUAGUAUUUUGUCAAAGAGGUGGAAGAGCAUCUUUGAUUCCUAUCUAACGUUUGAUUUUGAUGAGAGGUACUUUCGAGUACACCGGGGACGAGGGAAGCAUAAUCGCAUUAAAGCACGGGAAAUGCAGAAGAAGAAUUUCAAGAAUUGCAUUGAGAAGUCACUGGCUGCACGACUUGAGCCCAAGUCUUGUAUACACAAGUUCAGGUUGUAUGUGAAUAAUCUCAAUGAUAAGUUAGCCUACUGUAUGGAUCGAUGGUUAAGUGCUGCUGUGGACAAAAAUGUCAAGGAGCUUGAAGUUCAUGUGAAUGUAAAGAGAAAUCAAUAUCUUUUGCCAGAUGUCAUUCUUAUGUCUGAGGCAAUUACUUCAUUGAAGUUAUCUGGGUGUGUAUCAUUGUUUUGUUUCACCGCUGUGAAGCUCUGUAAUCUGAGAGAGCUGUCCAUGAAAAAAAGUCUCGUAACCGAAGCUAUGAUCCAGAAAGUUGAACAUGGCUGCCCCUUGAUUGAGGAUUUGAGGCUGGUACACUGCCGGGGACCUGUAUGCUUGCGUAUUUCGGAACUUGUUAAACUCAGAAGGGUGGAGUUACAUGAGUGUGAUACGCUCAGUUCUGUUGAAAUUGAGGCAUCAAACCUUGAAACCUUCUGGUAUCAUGGACAGAAUAAUCAGCCAUGCAAAUUCAACAUGACAGGUUGUCAAAAUCUGAAGCAGUUGACUUUGAAUGCUGGUGAAAUGACUGACGAGAUGUUUCAGAAUUGUAUUUCCAAGUUUCCAUUGCUUGAAAAACUGUUCCUUAAAGAAUGUAAUAGCUUGGACAAAAUCACAAUUAUAAGUGGAAAACUAAAAAGUCUUGCCUUAAAUCAAUGCAUGAUGUUACAGGAAGCGAACAUUAACACCCCAAGUUUAUUUUCGUUGGAGUACAGUGGCCAUAAAAUGUCUUUCCCUUCCAUGAAUAUUUCAGGGCUGCGUGAAGCAAAGUUUCACUUUAAUCCCUCAAGCAAAGAUUCUUAUAUUUCUGAGUUGCAAAAAUUUUUUGGGAACUUUGAUCAGUUUAAGGAUUUCAAACUGAUCAUGCACUCUAAGCAGGUAUGGAAUUUACCGUCUUAUAUACAGCAGCUAAAAUUCUUUACCACUAUAUAACUUUCUUAUGAUUUUUUUUUUUUUUUUUUUUUUU